AUGUUUUGUUGUAUUCCAAAUAAUAUAGAGACUAGGCGAGUAAAAAUUGACCGAUAUUCAAUCGGCAACCCUAUAGAUUUUCGACAUGUCGCACACAUGGGAACUUCAGCACUUUAUGAGGAUAAUGUUUCCAACGCUCUGGGUCUCCUUGACCACCAAUCUCUACCAGUGCACUUAAAGUUGAUAGACUUACCUAAGCUUUCGAACAACAAUACUUCGUUAUCAUCGGUCCCGUUUGUUGCUACCAAACAAUCACCAACAUCGAAUGAAACAAAACCGAGUAAAAGAAACUCUUUUUUGAAUGCUACUUCUAUGUCAUCCACAUCACAUGAAACGGGCCGUAACAUUAUGCGCCAUUCAACUCACUUGAGUAAUCUGAGCCCCUCAAGACCGCCGUGUUUAGAUCUUAGUUUGCCUUUGCCUCCUCCUCCACCACCACCUCCCCCUCUUAAAAUACACAAUUCAUCUAAUUCAACUGAAAGCACCAGAUUAACGACAAAAUGA